AUUCUUAAUCCGUGAUCAAGUCAGCAUCGGUUACCAAAGUCUCGAUAACAAAGAUUACAAACUGCAAGAACAUGUCAACGUAUAAGUUAAAGUAUCUUAAUGCUACCGGCGUUGGGGAGCCAAUUAGGUUCUUGCUAAAUUAUUGUGGCAUCAAAUUCGAGGAUAUUAGAAUCUCCUUCGAUGAUUGGCCAAAAUAUAAACCAGAUAUGCCCAUGGGACAAGUGCCGGUACUGGAAAUUGACGGUAAGCAAUAUCAUCAGUCCAGGGCCAUCGGACGAUUUAUCGCCAAGAAGGGCAAUUUAUAUGGGUCUGAUGAUUUUGAAGCUAUGGAGAUUGAUGCUGUAGUCGAUUCCAUUGAGGAUAUAAGACAAGCAAUGGGUCAUUAUUACUUGGAACAAAAUCCCGUAUUCAAAGCAAAACUCAAGGAAAUUGUCUUCCAAAAAUUGUACCACUGUCGCGACAAGUUUGAAGAACAAAUUAAGAAGAAUGGCGGAUAUUUCGUCGGUGGCAAAUUGUCGUGGGCAGAUUUCCAGUGGGCUGGACAUUGUGACAUUCUAAGAUCUGUCCUGGCUACAAAUCCGAACGAGGAUCAUCCCGAAUUGAAUAAACUAACGGAGAAAGUUCGCGAUUUGCCCAAGAUUAAAGCUUACAUUGAAAAGCGACCUAAAACUGAAUUCGAGCUCAACAUAAUAGUGUUACAUCGAACUAUGUCGAUGUACAAGUUAACGUACUUUAAGGAUGGAGCCGUUGGAGAACCAUCCAGAUACUUGUUAAGUUAUUGCGGUAUUGAAUUCGAAGAUAUUAGACUUACUAAUGAAGAGUGGCCGAAGCAUAAACCAGAUAUGCCCAUGGGUCAACUGCCAAUUUUAAAAAUAGACGAUAAGAUAUACCAUCAAUCCAGAGCUAUCGCUCGCUUUAUUGCUAAGAAGGGUAAUUUAUACGGGUCCAACGAGUUCGAAGCUAUGGAGAUUGAUGCCACAGUUGAUUCUAUGGAGGAUAUAAGACGAGUUAUGGGCGAAUACUACUGGGAACAAGACCCCAUUUUCAAAGCAAAUUUAAAGAAGAUCGCCUUCCAAAAAUUGCUCUUCUACCUUGACAAAUUCGAAGCUCAAGUUAAGAAUAAUGGCGGAUAUUUCGUCAAUAGCAAACUGUCGUGGCCGGAUUUCAUGUGGGCUGCAUAUUCUGAACGUCUAAGCUUUAUUCUGACUAGAGAUGUGAAUCAGGAUCAUCCAGAAUUGAAGAAACUAAUAGAGAAGAUUCGCGCUUUGCCCAAGGUUAAAGCUUACAUUGAAAAGCGACCCAAAAUUUAAUAGGUUGAGAGACUGAAAUAAAGUUUUCUCUACAAUUAAGGAUUUUUUAUAUAAAGUUCUUGAAAUGACAAAGGUUUAUAAUGUGAGUAUAUUUGCUACUUUAAAAGCACUCUUCUG